AUGGCCCUGGUCACAGUGAGUCGCUCGCCCCCGGCCAGCGGCCACUCCACGCCUGUGGCGCCCGCGGACUGGGCGUUCAAGCGGAGAAGCCGGCUCCAGCGAAGGCAGAGCUUCGCAGUGCUCCAUGGGGCUGUCCUGGGACUGCAGGAUGGAGGGGAUAAUGGUGAUGCAGUGGAGGCCAGCCCUGAGCAGGUGGAGGAACCCCCGGGUGAGGAGCAGCCUCACGGAGACCAGGCAGACUGCGGGCAAACACCCCAGAGUCCCCAGAAACAGGAGCAAAGACAGCACCUGCAUCUCAUGGUGGAACUGCUGAGGCCACAGGACGACAUCCGCCUGGCAGCCCAGCUGGAGGCAGCCCGGCCCCCCAGGCUCCGCUACUUGUUGGUCAUUUCCACACGAGAACCUCUGAGUCAGGAUGAGACAGUCCUCCUGGGGGUGGAUUUCCCUGAUAGCAGUUCCCCCAGCUGCACCCUGGGCCUGGUCUUGCCCCUCUGGAGUGACACCCAGGUGUACUUGGAUGGAGAUGGGGGCUUCAGUGUGACAUCAGGUGGGCAGAGCCGAAUCUUCAAGCCGAUCUCCAUCCAGACCAUGUGGGCCACGCUCCAGGUGCUGCACCAGGCCUGUGAGGCAGCUCUCAGCAGUGGCCUUGUUCCUGGAGGCAGUGCCCUCACCUGGGCCGGCUACUACCAGGAGAGACUGAACUCUGACCAGAGCUGCCUCAAUGAGUGGAUGGCCAUGGCUGACCUGGAGUCUCUGCGACCUCCCAGUGCUGAGCCUGGCCAGUCCUCAGAACAGGAGCAGAUGGAGCAGGCCAUUCGGGCUGAGCUGUGGGAAGUGCUGGAUGCCAGUGACCUGGAGAGCGUCACUUCCAAAGAGAUCCGUCAGGCCCUGGAGCUGCGCCUGGGACAUCCCCUCCAGCAGUACCGUGACUUCAUUGACAACCAGAUGCUGCUGCUCAUGGCCCAGCAAGACCGGGCCUCCCGCAUCUUCCCCCACCUCUACUUGGGCUCAGAAUGGAACGCGGCCAACCUGGAGGAGCUGCAGAGAAACAGGGUCAGCCACAUCUUGAACAUGGCCCGGGAAAUUGACAACUUCUACCCUGAGCGCUUCACCUAUCACAAUGUGCGCCUCUGGGAUGAGGAGUCCGCCCAGCUGCUGCCCCACUGGAAGGAGACGCACCACUUCAUUGAGGCAGCGAGAGCACAGGGCACCCGGGUGCUAGUCCACUGCAAGAUGGGCGUCAGCCGCUCGGCGGCCACGGUGCUGGCCUACGCCAUGAAGCAGUAUGGCUGGAGCCUGGAGCAGGCCCUGCACCACGUGCAGGAGCACCGGCCCAUCGCCCGCCCCAACCCCGGCUUCCUGCGCCAGCUGCAAACCUACCAGGGCAUCCUGACUGCCAGCCGGCAGAGCCAUGUCUGGGAGCAGAAAGUGGGUGGGGUCUCCCCAGAGGAGCCCCUGGCCCCCGAAGUCUUCACACCAUUCUCAGCUCUUCCACCUGAACCGGGGGGCAGUGGAGAGGUGAAGGUUAUCGGCUUGGAGGAGACCCAGGCAGUCCCAAAAGAAGAGCCUGGGCCAAGGCCCCGUAUCAACCUCCGAGGGGUCAUGAAGUCCAUCAGUCUCCUGGAGCCCUCCUCGGAGCUGGAGAACACCUCAGGGGCCAGUGACCUGCCAGAGGUUUUCUCUUCCCAUGAGUCUUCAGACGAAGAGCCUCAGCAGCCCUUCCCUCAGCUCCCAAGGGCCAAGCUCCGCAAGGGGCCUUGGCCUGCCCUGAAAUCGCGCCAGUCUGUGGUUGCCCUCCAGAGCGCCGCCCUCGUGGCCAGCCGGACCCAGGCCUUCCAGGAGCAGGGCCAGGGGGAGGCUGGCACUUCCUCCACCCCCAGGCUUCGGAAGAUGGUGAGGCAGGCCAGCGUGGAUGACAGUGGAGAGGAGGGUGAAACCUGAGCCCCACACAUGCCCAUGUCCCCCUAGACACUAAAUAGAGGCUAAUGAUCCACAGCUCCUCAGACAACACCCCUCACGCUUGUUGGCCUGUAUACACCUCUCUUAGCUCUUCCCCUGGAGUACCCAGACCCCUGUCUCUUCAGCCUCACCUCCUACAGCCUUAAGUCUCAGACCCAUGUCCACCUGUCCAAGGGCUCAAGACUGUCUGCAUAACUGGGGAUUUGGUAGAAAGACCGAAGGUGCCUUUGGGGGGAAUAACACCCUAGUUUCAUUCUCAACCCUUGCCCUGAAAGACUCACUUGCGGCCACGGAAAACAGCUUCCCAAUGCUGAAAGGUCCAUGCCUCCCCCUCCUGUCUGUCCCAUCCCUGCUCCUCCGGCUCUCCCCCUUUUCAUUCCUGGAGCCAGCAGGGCCAGAGAACCAGUGGGCCCCAAAGGCAAGACGAGCCUCAGUUCCCAGCCCCAGGAGGCUCCAAGGGGGCUGGCAGAUCGCCUCCCUCACACACCUCACACCUGGCCUGAGUCUUUUCCUGCUGCCCUGGUCCUCCCACGGCACUGCACUAGGUCACGGGCACCGGGCCAAAGAGUCUUCUUUUUGACCUUCACGGCCUCUGGCCGAUUUUUCAUUGUCUUAAUAGUAUCUGGCUUUGUACUGAGAAAUACACGUUUUCAUAUUGUUAUUUUCA